AUGGUGCACCCCAAAGCCGAGAAAGCCCUCGCCGAGGCCAAGAAACUGGUGGCUCAGCUCGAAUCAUACGAGGACGAUCCUGCCAGCCACCAAAAUGUCCUGAAACAGGUGGAACUUGUCCGCUCCGCCAUCCAGACGCCCAUGGACCAGUUGACGCACAUGAUGGAGCAGUUCAGUCUUGGGGGCGCCUUUCACACCAUACUUGGCAUCCGGGCAUACCACGCCAUGCCUGAGGAUGGCAGCCCCAUCACCGCUGAAGAACUGGCUCGUAAAACGAAUGUGGCCACCACUGCGAUCCAGCGCAUUUAUCGCGUUGCUGUCAACCAUGGUGUCUUCACUGAGACGGCGCCUGAUACGUAUGCUCACAAUGACCUCUCACACACUUUGAACCCGAGAGGUCUGGGCUCGUUCUUCAUGAUUGUGCUGGAGUUUAGCCGAGCCUGGAUUCAUCUCCCGGACUACCUCAACUCACACAAACCCGACGAUGUCUUUGAUCUUGUCAAGUCUCCCGCUGUGUACUCAGUCGGCAAGGAACAUCUCGGAAAGUCAUACUACGAAAUCAUAGACUCAGAUCCCGACCCUGAGCGUCGCGAGCUCUGGAACGCCAAUAUGGUCGCCGUUGAUGAAUUGAUGCCUGUCAUUGGCAUGUUUCCGUUCGCGUCUCUCAAGGAGGAAGUUGAGCAAGAUCCGGAACGACCCUUCCUGGUUGAUAUCGGCGCUGGCCGUGGUCAGUCGUGCAUAGCUAUUCGCAAGGAUAUUGGCGAUUCCUUUGACGCCAAGUACAUCUUACAAGAUCUCCCUGGUGUUAUUGAUACUAUGGACCUUAAGGACUAUCCUGGCUUUGAGCUGAUGUCUUACGAUGCUUUUGCACCACAACCUGUUAAGAAUGCUCGUAUUUACUUUAUGCGCCGAUUUCUUCACGACUUCUACAACCCAGUUUGUAUCGAAUUUGUCAAGAACACUGCAUCAGCCAUGGGGCCAGACUCUCGUCUUAUCAUUUGUGAUCAACUGAUCCCUGACAUGGUCCCGGAACAAGAGUAUAAAGAUCUUUACUGGCUCGACUUUGCUCUUUUGUGCAUGUCUGGCAUGGAGAAGAAGAAGACCGACUUUGACGAGAUUUUCGAAGCCACUGGGCUGGAGCUGGUCAAGAUUUAUCCUUCUGCUUAUGGAUGCACGGCGAUGUUGGAAGCAAGGUUGAAGAGGUCUGAUUAG